AUGUUCUCGCAGACGCAGAAAGCCAAAGGCGCCGACGGUGGUGUCCUUUUUCCCUUUCGGGUGGGCGGAAAGAGCACAGUGGUUAUGUCAGACUACCACAUAUGCAAGUACGACGCCAUUCUCGGCGUGCUCGUGUGCAUCGGCGACGACGCGAACGUCCUCGUGCUUGGCAAGGAGAUGUGCCGCGAGCUGCUACCUCUGCCGUGUGGGGUGCACUGGCUAGACGCCUUUGUGUACUCCGGCACAACCAGCUUUCUGGUGCUCUCGUCAGAGACGCUCUUGUGCCUGGACUACAGCACCGGCGUGAAUGGGAGCGGAGACAGCAUGCUGCGGUGCAUGGAACCUGGUGCCCCAUUUACCUGCCUGCAUGUCGCACAAGGCUUGACGUGCGGCGCGGUGGGACGCAAGGACGGGAGCGUCUCCUACUUCCGGCUCGAUCCGGUCUCUGACAACCCCGAUGAGCGGCCGCAGCUGCGGUGGGCCGUUACGGAGACGAACGUGCUCGGGCUAUGCCUACCUUUCUGCAAGAACGUGACUGGCCCCAUCCUUGACACGAGCGUCGCCAGCCGCGACAAGUUCUUCAUCACGGGCUCUCUUAUCUCGAUGGACUCGUACCCGAGCAACCCGAACGCACUCAUCGGUGUGGUGGGAGGGGUUCCUGGUGUAUGCAAGUGGUACAUUGAUGAGGGUCGUGUGAGCUGCUUCUUCGAUGCCCACAGCAUCGUUGGACAACCGGACGGCCUUUUGGCCGCAUGUCGCGUGACGCCUGGUGGUGUGUACGUCGCUGCUGUCACCAUGCACUGCACCAAGAUCCUCCUGUGGAACGAGAGCAAGAAGCGGCGUGACAAGGUGGCCGAGCUCUACUGGGUCGUUGAUCUUUCUCAGCAAAUUUCGCAAGGCGUGCCGGACGCCCCGAGCGCCGGACUCGCCGACGCCUUCUCGUACAACGAGUAUCGUGUUGGUCUGAAUAUGGCCCGCACUUCCCUCGACAGUUUCUACACCACCAACGACAAGCACAGUCAGAUGUACAUGCUACUGCACGGCCAGCGCGACAUCCUCGAGGUGGUUAUCCGGCUUGAUGACAAGCAGGUGAUGCGCCAGGACGCUGUCAUCGCGCACCUGAACGCGUACACGGCACAGCACGGUGUGGAGGCUGCGCGUACGAAGGGGUCCGCGACUGGGUCAGGCGGCAACGGCAUCGACGCCGGCGCGAACACAGUGGACAACUACUUUAACGUCUUUCAUGUGGAGCCGUGCGUGCUGUCGAACUACUGGACUAGUGGGCUAGCAGACGUUGACCUGGAAGCGCUGUUUGUGACCAGCGAGGAUGGCUUGCGGCCGAUUCUGGCAAAGCGCAACCGUCAGACUGGUGGUAUCGAAAGCAUCCGUGAGCUGCGCGAGCUUAGCCCGCAGGCGCCGUGGUAUCCCCGAGCGCUGCUACUGCACCUUCCCGAGAACCAGAUACGCUCGCUCGCCGAGGAAAUACAGCGAACGGCGGUGACCUCAACGUGGGAGAAGCUGCUGCGCGGUGGCGACACGCUCCUGCGCCACGCACUGCCUGAUGUGGAGGCGAAGGAAGUGGCUGGCUCGAAUGUAGCACAUCUCUGGCGGCAGAGCGUUAUGGUGACCGUCACGGAUGCAGCGCAGGCGGUCUGCCUGUCGCCGCAGUCCAACGAGGUCUUCAGCGUCAAUUCGCAAGCCUUGGCGAACUGCGUGCCGUGGUCAACUUUGGCGAUCGGCCAGGAUGCCGAUGGGUUAGUGUUGGAGGCGGCAUUACCCUCGUUGCACACAGUGUUUCUGCCGACGGAGAUAAUUUUGCGCGUGUUCAGCACCGAGUCCAUCAUCAUGAUCAUGAAAUACGACAUUCGUCGUAACGCCGGCUCGCUGGUCCUCAACCUGGACCGGGCGGCACUUCAGCUGGACGGGCACGGCGUGCCUGGAAAGCGGAUGGUGCAGCAGGCGGUAAUUGUUAAUGCACGUCUGGAGCCGUCCACCGUGACGGACAAUGUGUCUGUUUAUAAGGAUGGCAAGUGCGUGUUGCUGCUGCUGGAGGAUUCAUCGGUUGCACUUGUCGACCUCUCGGGCAAGGAUGACAAUGGUCGGCCUUUCAUGCUUCAAGUCCCCGUCGGGCUGCUCCCGGUCGGGUCAACCAUCGCCUCGCUUGACGCCUUCUGGAUGGCCAGCCAGACCGCAAUGUGCAACAACAAGACGGGCUUGCUCUGCCUCGCGUGCCUCUUCAUGGACGGCAAAGGAUUCUUGCUGUGGAACUUGAGCGAGAUGCGCCUAAUCACCUACGCACAUCCCGCGUACGCCACGUUUGCUACGCGCCUCAUGGUCACUGCAGCGGCGCAGCCACUGCUGCCGAACCUGUCGGGUGAUAUCAAGAUGUUCGAAGUCGCACUUUCUAUUUCGUCACCCGUGCAGAAUGCUGGGGAGUACGGCAGCCUUACGUGCUGCGAUGCACUUGGCGCUGCUCUGAUGUCGAUGUCGCUUGCGUUUGGCGUCGCGGACGGCGCCCCACAGGCAUGGUGCUACCGCCAGAGUGCUGAGGUCAACUGGGUGGCACUGCCGCAAGCAACGAGUGCUACAAAGCUGCUUCUGGUCCGCUUCGAGGUCUCGGGUUCGUCUCUGGAGUGGGCGAUUACGGUGGGCGGUGCGGCUGUGGCGACGGGAAACAGCGCACUUCUGGGCAGCAUCGUGCACGUCAAGACAACGUGGACACCAGGAAAGGCCAACCUCACGUACGACACGGAUGCAGGCGAAAUGCGCGACUACGAGAUCAGCCGCGACGACUCCGCCAACGACCACGUCGCCCCAGCCAUUGCAUUUGUUGGCGCACAUGAGAUUGCUGUGGUGCAACUCUCUGCUUUCUUUCCCGCGACUGCAUCGCUGAUCUCGACAGCGGCGAGGGUCACGGCGGCAGACGCGGUGCCGGUUGCCACGUGCAGGCUCGACCCUGCGCGCCGUCUCGAGCACUUUAGUGUCUACCACGGCCGCGGCGCGCUGAUCGUGGUAACGCGCGAUGCAAACGGCUGGCGGUGGGUGAACAUCUUGGACAGCAGAACGGCCAAGCCGAUGAUGCAGUCGUACGCCACUCUUGACUUUGCUGGCGAGGAGAAUGUGCAGGUGCUGCUGGUCGAGAUAGAGAACGUGCUGCAUCUGUACUUCCUCGGCGCUAGCAGCGGCGUGGUCGGUCACUUCUUUGUGGAGGCGAAUCUGGGUGCCUCGAAAGCGAGUGGGGUGCGCAAGCACCCCUGCUUCUGCGGUCCACGCUACCACUUUACGCCAUGCACCUUCCGCGGCUACGGACGCUAUCUGCCGCCGGCGCCGACAUUGAAGCAAGAGACCGGCUUCUUCAAACGCCUCAUGACGCUGCCGUGGGAGGAGAUUGCGCUGAGGCUCGAGUCUGAGACGCUGCGUGCAACGAAAGCGACUGGAGCGGCGAAGAUGCCUGCGGGCAACACCCCCGCAACAGCGACCCCUGUGCUAACACCGUGCGCAAGCUCCAUCUCUCCGUUGUCAAGUGCGCCACCGGUCGCGAAACCAGACCCGAAGAGGGAGCAGCAAGAGCCGCUUGGCUGCGCUAACCGCGGAGGCGGCGCAGCACUGUCGACACAGGCCCUGACAUCUGCGCGGCAGCCCGGCGCACUUGCACCGACAGCGGCCGCCAGUGCACCCACCUCGAGUGAGCCGCCAUGCGGCCGCUACGCGCAACUGAAGGCCAUCGCCGAGCGCGAGAAUGUGAGCCUCACCGAGGCCCGGCGGAUGAUGAGCGAGAACGUUCGCAAGCUGCAGCAGCGCGGCGAGCGACUGAGCGAGAUGCAGAACAAAUCGGCGGAGUUGGCGCAGGCGGCGCUGACGUUUCAGGACCUUGCGCGUCAGCUAAAGGAAAAGCAGCGCAGCAGCUGGUUGUGA